AUGUCAGCAUUGAUCAUGACACGUUAUGGAAAUGUCUGGAGGAAAUGGAAACACCUUUACACCUUGUCCAGCUUAUCAAACCGAGAGGCUACAGUACGGACACCAUAUGGUGACACAGUUUGGUUUGAGAUUGGAAAAGGCACUCAGCAAGGUUGCAUCCUGUCACCAGCAGCCUUCAACAUGUACGCUGAAAAGGUCAUGAGGAAUGCAGGCCUGGAGGAUAGCAGCAUUGGAGUGAGGAUUGGAGGAAGAAAUAUCAAUAACCUUCGCUAUGCAGAUGAUACAACCCUGCUGGCGGAGAGUGGUAAGGAUCUGGAAGAUCUUGUCCUGCUGGUCAAGAAAGAGAAUGAGAAAUUUGGGUUAGAAAAGCUGAGAAAUCAACGUAUCCACGAAUUUCAACAUUGA